CCUGUUAAGAAACCAGGCAAGGCUAAGCACAAGAAGAAGAAACGUGUAGGUGCUAUUAAUACCAUUGAUGAUAGAUAUUAUUAUCAAGAUGUUUCAGAAGAUGAUUCAGAAGUUGAUUCGGAAGAUUCUAAUACUGAAAGUGAGGAAGAAGAUGAAACCAAUUAUGAUCUUAUUGAUAUCUUCAAUACAGCCUUAAAAAUGAUGGUUGAAUAUUUUACUAAAUCAUAUAAUCAAGAUGUUCUGAAUUUGCUUAAUUUGAAAUAUUUAGGGAUGAAAGAGAUACUUAUUUCGCAAUAUGCCAAUGGCUUUUCUUCCAAAGAGCAAGAAAAAAUUUGGAAUAGCAUUACAAAGGAUUUUAAUGAAAUCUUACAACCAUGUAUUGAUACUGCUUUUUCAUCAAAUCAACCUAGCAUUGUAAGGCAAGAAAUGGCUGAUAUGCAGAUACCACCUCCAGAAACAUUAAUGCUGCCAACAGAGUCAUAUAAUCUGGAAUGGAUAAACCCUAUGCAAAUUGGCUUAAUUAAACGUCCUCCACCCAAUGAUGUAUCAACUAUCCCAUGCGAAAUUGUUCUACCUAAUGGCAAAUUAUUUUCUAUUCUAGAAGCAUGA